UUGUUUGGGUGUGGCGAGAUGGGGAAGAAGAUGACGACGGAGCAAUGCCUGGCGUAUUUGCAGAGGAAAUCCGCCACGAAUGGAGAUUCUGUGUUUGCGCAUCUCGCACAACUGAUCCAACUGAUCGUUGUGACGCAGCCAGAGAAUGCCGUGGACAUUUUAGAGACGAGCUUGCUGCUCAAGCAGACUCGAUUCGUCCCCGAGGAAGGCCCCAAAGUCCCUCGCUCGUGGAAGGAUGACAAAGACGAGAAGUUUGUCAAGCAGUUUAUCGGCCUCCAGAGGUAUUUCCUCCGCUAGUCUUUGGGGAGAAUAACUUGCAAAGAACUUUUCCAUUGCAUUCCCGAAAAGAAGCCUCCCCCAGCGGCUGUCGAUCCCGAGUCCGAGGAGCCUCCUCCAGAAGAGGAGCCGGAGGAGGAAGAAGGAGAAGGCCCCGAAUACGCAGUG